CUGAAGAGAACAAACACAGUCAUGGCACCUACAGUCAGUGCAGCGAUGAUCAACACUGAAGGACAAAUUUCACUCACAAAUAAGCUGAGAAAGCCAGUAGUGGAGAAGAUCCGCAGAGAACGUAUCAACAGCAGCAUCGAGAAGCUCAAGUCUCUUCUGAGUGAAGAGUUCCUGAAGCAACAGCCCGACUCCAGACAGGAGAAAGCUGAAAUCCUGGAGAUGACGCUUGAUUUCUUGAGACGACAGCAGCAGAAGACAAACAAUCUGUCCACCUGCUCUCCUACUGCUAGUGAGGGUUACUCCAGAUGUGUUCAGGAGAGCGUCAACUUUCUGUCUCAGUGUCAAGUGCAGACUCAGUCCCACAGAAGACUGCUGAAGCUCUUCCUCAACAUGCAGACGUCCACAGAGAAGAAUUCACCAGCCUGUCAGACCAACAGCACAGAGAAAACUCCAGCCUGCUGUCAACUCUGGAGACCCUGGUAGCCACAAGGACACUUUAAGAUUUAUCAAACAGAAUUCAAGAUGUCACUCUGAGAUUGACAUGUGCUGUAAUUCUAAUGUAGGAAUUUAUUUCCACCUCUGCUGCAUUGGCAGAAUGUUUACAUACUUUCUGAGAAAGUAUGCUUUAUUGAAACCGUGUAUGAACAUUUGUACAAACGUUCAGAAUCAUUUGCUAUGUAAAUGAUUAUUACCUUCAUCGAAAAUAUGGAUCCAGUGUUCGGUCAUAGAAAAGUUACAGAAUUUAUUACCACCUCUGCUGCAUUGGCAGAAUGUUUACAUACUUUUUGAGAAAGUAUGCUUUACUGUAUCUGUAAUUGUACAGCAUGUUACGUCAGAAUGUACAGAAUCAUUUGCCAUGUUAAAUGAUUAUUACAUUUAAGAAAUACAGAUCAAACUAUUUGGUCAUAGGAAAGUUAAAGUCUGAUUUUGACAUUUGAACUUUAUCAAGCGUUUCCCCAUAUUGGGUAUUAUUUCUUUAUAUCUAAAGAUGUAUAAACUGCUUUUAUUUAAUGAAAGCAUUUAUUUAUAUUUCUAUUGUGUGAAAUGAAUCCAAUGCUCCUUUUAUUGUACAAGCACACACAUAUUUCUUCUUUUGAAAGAUCUUUUAAAGUGUGUUGCACGAAUGCAUUGUUUCAUUGUUUUCAUGUGUUAACGUGAAUUGAACAUUCCCCUAUAAAGAGCAGUUGUAUGAACUCACUGGCAGUGAUUUGAAUGACCUUCUGUGAAG